AAUGUUCGAUAAGUCGAACGAGCUUCUUUUUUUUCAUUGUUGUUGUUGUUGUUUCGCGCCAUAGUUUUGUUUGUUUUGGUUUGAAGAUUGAUUCGAUUGGCAAAAAAAAAACAAACAAUGAAAUUUCGUGUAAUUACCCGACGUUAUGAAGCAAUCAAUACGAUUAAACGAUCAAUAAUGGCUACAGCUAAACUAUCCAAUUCACUUAUAUUUCGUAUAGAUUCGGAUUCUAUACAAUUAAUUCCGGAUACAUUAACACCAAUGAAUCCAAUAUCGAUUCGUUGUAUAUUGAAUCGUUCAUUAUUAUUUGAUAAUUAUUCAUUCAAAGGAUUAAAUGAUGAUAAUAAUUUCAUUUAUUUUUAUGUUCGUUCCGAUUCAAUAAUCAAUAUAAUCAAUACAAUUCAUUUGAAUAUUCGUUUAAUGAAAAUUAAAUUAACAACAAAUAAUCAACAAAAACCAGUAUUAAGAUUUACAACUGAAAAUCCAUCAGCCGAUGAAACCGAACAUCAAACAAUUAAUAAUCAAUUAUUUAUUUCGGUUAUUAAUCAACAAUCAUGGUCAUUAUAUGAUGAUGAAUAUUCAUCAAUGAAUCAAGCACAAAUAUCAUUAAAUUUACCAACAUUUAAAUUAUUUGCAAAUGAUAUUGCAAAACUGAAUGAUUGUUCAAAUUUUAUACGAAUAUCGGCCAAAAUGUAUCAAAAUAAUGAUGAUGAUGAAAAUAUUUUAAAAGCAAAAUUAACAAUGACAUCUAUUAUUGAUUCAUUACAAUUAUCUUGUCGUUAUGAUAAACUUUCAAUUACAAAUGGAUACUCAACAACAACAACAACAGAUCAAUCAAAUCAAUCGAAUAAAGUUUUUGUUGAUAUUCGAAAAUUGAAUGAAUUAAUUUCAUACAUUUCAAUAUUACAACCAACCGAUGGUAUUUGUGAAAUUCAUAAUAAUCAUUCUAUACGAUUACAAUUUUUUGUACAUUUAGUUAAUUUUAAAAUUAUUCUUCCACAUUAUGAUUUGGAAAAAAUUUAA